AUGGGUGAUUAUGUCGACCGUGGAUACCACUCUGUAGAGACAGUGAGUCUUCUUGUGGCCCUCAAGAUUCGCUUCCCCCAGCGGAUCACCAUUCUCCGGGGAAACCACGAAUCGCGGCAAAUUACUCAAGUUUACGGCUUUUACGAUGAGUGCUUGAGGAAGUACGGGAGCGCCAAUGUCUGGCAGUAUUUCACCGAUCUUUUCGACUAUUUCCCAAUUACUGCAUUGGUGGAAAAUCAAAUAUUUUGCCUCCACGGAGGUCUAAGUCCAUCCAUCGACACUCUUGAUAAUAUUAGAGCACUGGACCGCGUACAAGAACCCCCUCACGAAGGUCCAAUGUGCGAUUUACUAUGGAGUGACCCAGAUGAAAGAUCUGGAUGGGGUAUCUCGCCCCGUGGAGCGGGAUACACGUUCGGAGCCGAUAUUUCAGAGUCAUUUCUUAAUAAUAACAGCUUGAGUCUUAUUGCACGAGCUCAUCAAAUGGUGAUGGAUGGUUAUUUCUGGUCUCAUCCUGAAAAUGUCGUUACGGUUUUCUCUGCACCUAAUUACUGCUAUCGUUGUGGAAACCAAGCUGCCAUUAUGGAAGUGGACGAGCAUCUUGCAUAUAAAUUCAUCCAAUUCGAUCCAGCUCCCAGAAACGUCGAGCCCAAAGUAGGACGACGAAUACCGGAUUAUUUCUUCUAG